AUGCUCUGGGCGCUCUGGCCCAGGGGGCUGGCAAGCCAGGGGCUGCCUCUCCUGGGGGUAGUGUUGCUGCGAAAAAGAGAGAAGAAGGGACCUCAAUGGAGUCACUGCCGGCGGGAAACCCACCCAUACUAUGACCUCCAGGUGAAGGUGCUGAGGGCCAGAAAUAUCCAGGGCAAAGACCUGCUGUCCAAAGCUGACUGCUACGUGCAACUGUGGCUGCCCACGGCAUCUCCCACCCGCGCCCAGACAAAGGUGAUAGACAACUGCAGUGACCCUGAGUGGAAUGAGACCUUCCACUACCAGAUCCAUGGCGCUGUGAAGAAUGUCCUGGAGCUCACCCUCUGUGACAAGGACGUCCUGGGCAGCAGUGAACUCUCCCUGCUGCUGUUUGACCUGAAGAGCCUCAAGCCUGGUCAACCCCACAAACACACCUUCCGACUCAACCAACAGGAUUCACAAGAGCUGCAGGUGGAGUUUGUUUUGGAGAACAGUCAGGUGCCUGCAUCUGAAGUCAUCACCAAUGGAGUCCUGGUGGCUCAGCCCUGUCUGAAAAUCCAAGGCACCGUUGGAAAUGAUGAGACAGCUCCACAUCAAAAGUAUGGCUCUAGGCAGAUUCGUCUGGCAGUGCCCGGGGCCUACGAGAAACCACAGCUCUUGCCCCUGCAGCCUCCUGUGGAGGCUCACCCCCCAGACACCUUUACCUUCCAUGUGAAUCCAGUGCUUCGCUCCAGGUUGCAGGUGGAGGUGGGGGAGAAGCUCACGGUCCUGCAGAGCGACCCGAGUGCUGAGCUGGAGGCUCAGACCAGCAAUCUGGGCGCGGGGGGCAUCCUGCUCUCCUCUCUGGCCCUAGGUCAGGAGAAACAGCGCUUGGUGGCUGUGGGGAAGGGCCAGGAGGUGCCUCUGAGGGUGAAGGCAGAAAUGAGCUCUGGGGACCUUGACCUGCGCCUUGGCUUUGACCUCUGUGACGGGGAACGAGAGUUUCUGGACAAGAGGAAGCCGAUCGUAUCCAAGGCCCUGCAGCAGGUGCUGGGAUUGAGCCAGGCUCCCGCCAGUGACCAGGUGCCUGUGGUGGCUGUGCUGGGCUCUGGAGGCGGAACCCGUGCCAUGUCUUCCCUGUACGGCAGCCUGGCAGGGUUGCAGGAGCUCAAUCUCCUGGACACUGUGACCUACUUGAGUGGGGUCUCUGGGUCUACCUGGUGCAUCUCCACACUCUUUAAGGACCCAGCUUGGUCCCAGGCGGCCUUGCAGGGCCCCACUGAGCAGGCCCGGGCUCGGGUCUGCAGCAGUAAGAAGGGAGCGGUAUCCACGGAGCGCCUACAGUACUAUGCUGAGGAACUGAAGAACCUGGAAAGCAGCAGCCAUAGCAUCUCCCUCGUUGACCUCUGGGGCCUCCUCAUUGAAUAUUUCCUGUACCAGGAGGAAAACCCCGCCAAGCUGUCUGACCAGCAGGAGGCCCUCAGCCGCAGCCAGAACCCUUAUCCCAUCUACGCCAGUGUCAACGUCCGCACCAAUGUCAGCGGGGACGACUUUGCAGAGUGGUGCGAGUUUACCCCCCACGAGGUCGGCUUCCCCAAAUAUGGGGCUUAUGUUCCCACCAAGCUCUACGGCUCAGAGUUCUUCAUGGGGCGACUGCUGAAGCUCUGGCCAGAGCCCCGGAUCUGCUACCUACAGGGUAUGUGGGGCAGCGCCUUUGCAGCCAACCUGGAUGAGAUCUUCCAGACGGGGGGCUUCAGCCUCGGCUUCCUGGACUGGCACCGAGGCAGUGUGAACGUCACAGACGACCACCAGAAGCUUCGAGACCCCACGAGGCUGCGAACGAGGCUCUUCACCCCCCAAGGGCCCUUCUCCCAGGCCGUGCUGGACAUAUUCACUUCCCGCUUUACCUCCGCGGAGAACUUCAACUUCACCAGUGGCCUCUGUCUGCACAAGGACUAUGUGGCCAGCAGGGAGUUCGUGGCCUGGAAAGACACACACCCGGAUGCCUUCCCCAACCAGCUCACUCCCAUGCAGGACUCCCUGUGCCUGGUGGAUGGGGGCCUUGCCAUCAACUCUCCAUUCCCGCUGAUCUUGCUGUCGCAGAGAGCGGUGGACCUCAUUGUGUCUUUUGACUACUCCCUGGAUGCCCCUUUUGAGGUCUUACAGACGACAGAGAAGUACUGCCUGGACCGAGGCAUCCCCUUCCCCAGAAUCGAGGUGCUCUCUGAGGAUCUGGAGAACCCCCGCGAGUGCUACCUGUUUGCCAGGGCCGAGGACCCCCGCUCGCCCAUCGUGCUGCACUUCCCCCUUGUCAACCGAACCUUCCGCACACACCGGGCCCCAGGUGUGGCGCGACAAACAGCCGAAGAGAAGGCCUUUGGGGACUUUGACAUCAAUGGGCCAGACACCCCCUAUGGCAUGACGAACUUCACCUAUGAGCCCGAGCAGUUUGAUCGGCUGGUAGCCCUGAGUCGAUACAACGUUCUGAACAACGUGGAGACCAUCCAACAGGCCCUCCAGCUGGCCCUGGACCGGCGGCAGGCUGGGGCCCGGGCUGGAGGCUGACCCGGGCUGGAGGCUGGCCUAGGCUGGAGCGAAGGACUGAGGUGCAGGAGAGACUGUGGGGUUCCAGACCAGGGCUUGGUCGAGGGAGGAGUGGGCUCUGUGGGGCUUCUGCUUCCCAUCUUCCGAUCUUCCCUGCCUUAAGGUCCACCAGGCUCCACAAGCUCCUACAGGAUUUCAGCGUGUACUUGGCAGAGCCCUUCUCCUAUGUGUUCC